GGCAUAAUGCAGUCUCAGCGAAACAAGGACGGCCGCUGUGCAGCCGCAAAAACUCAAAAUGACCUCUUCAAUUCUUCACAAACGUCCUCGCGCACCCUUUGGCUUGUCUGUUGUUCGCACUCAUCCAUCGUCAAUCGUGGGUGAAGCAUCGCGUUCUGAUAGUGUAGGGAGCGCCUACUAGCGGGACGGUGGUUCGACAAAAUGCUCCUGACCGAAUCGACAGAGCCAUCUGCGACUACUUUCGACUCGGUCUCUCCUGUCCAGAUUAAAGACAGCAGCUUCCGGCCCAGCAUGCUUUACAACGUACUGCCCACCGUGGUGUCGAGUCGCCUACCCACGAUACCUUCGCUCCGCCAGUCUCUUGGCGACGUACGGAGUCGAACCUAUUACAAUAAAUCCGAUACCGUGAUAGAGUUACCACAGCCUGUGACGCCGCCACCGGGGUACUCGACCAUGCCUCCAAGCGAAACCGUUUCACCACACAAACUCUCUGCUGCUUUGGGGGAGGCAGAAGUCGAUUUUGCCGACGAUGUGUCUGAAGGCCAAGCUUCUUCCAGGGUCGUGCCCUUGGUAGUUCCUGGUGCUCAAGAAAUGCGUUCUGGCGUCAGAUGGAGAUAUGCCGGUCUAGGAAUAAGUCUGUUGCAACAGGCAUCUCGAGAGUCAAACGCAUCGGCUGGUAGCUUGGAUGAGGCGUCUGCAACACUCAUUCGACAACUAUACGUACAUGGCAUCACCUAUCUGCUUCGAGGACUCCCAGAGAACCUCACGGCAGAGGAAAGGUUGAGUCUACAGGCCGCCCUUCCACAGGAUCUCGUAGAAUCAGUCAGUGAUUCAAACACAGGCGCGCUCGUACGUGCCACACCACGGAGCUCCGACCUUGCACAAAGGCCACCACAGAAUCCUACUAUCAUACACCGCAUGACGGCAGCGUUCGUACUGCAGACGUUUCUCUUCCUGCAGUUUCUGCUGCCGUACAUUCGGCUCUUCCUUUCGCAUGCGUAUCGCUUUGAGAGGAAGCACCGAAUCACGCAGCGAAUCAUUGACACGAGUGUAGCGACCGCCGAUGAAUUUGGUCAGAAGGCGCUCAGGUUCUCGCAGGUUGUAUGUCAGAUGAACGACGGCAUGGUUAUCCAGACCUUUAACGAUUUGACCAUGUGGUGGAUAACUGGUGUGACGGGAGGGGUGCAACAAGGCCUCGCCGAGGGUCUCCGAACUAUGAAAGCUGCGGAAGGGCAGCGACGUGGGGAGGUAGAGGAGGAGAAGUAGUAAAGUGGACGUUUUUUUUUCCUUAUUGGCAUUGGAGGCGGCGUUUGAGCAUUUUCAAGGUUGCAUAGAAACAUGGCUUUAUGAAUGGUAACACUCAUGUUUACUUUUGG